GAGGAAUGGAAUCUAGCUGCUUAUACCGAUUGUUGCUGAGUGGCUGUGCUUGUAAGAGGCGUUAGAGGUCACGGUUCAUACCCAACAUGGCGGCGCCCUGUGCAAAACAUGCCGAGCUGUUAGUUCGUUUAUUACAGGCACCACUUAGAGUCUCUGUCCGUUUCUGUAGUUCAGGGUCUUCUGUAAAUCAUGGGCACGGAUCCCCUGGAGUAGUAACUAAAGCUACGGAACAGCCAGUUAUAGCCCAGACAUCUGAGAUAAGAAUCAAGGAGCUGCUGAAGGGUACAGAAUCCUUUGCAUCUUUGUUGCGCCGUUCUCCACUUAUUCAGAUGGGUCCUGCUAAAGAUAAAGUAGCUGUUGGUAAAAUCUUCCAUGUUGUUGGAGAAGAUCUUUACAUAGAUUUUGGGGCCAAGUUUCACUGUGUUUGCAAAAGACCUGAACAGGAUGCAGAGAAAUACCAGAAAGGGACCAGAGUCCGUCUAAGAUUGGUUGACUUGGAACUUACAUCACGAUUUCUGGGGAGUACUACAGAUACAACCUUGCUGGAGGCAGAUGCAGUUUUGCUGGGGCUUCUCGAGAGCAAAGACCAAAAAUCCAAAGAAUAAUAGGGCAGAGCAAAUUUACUUUAAUCCUGUUUGACUUCCUGGAAUGCUAUUAAAUAUUAAACUUACCACUGACAGUGACUGUCUUUAUAGAAAUUAUAUGAAAUAACUACAGGAUAUAACUAGUGUAUUAUUGCCUGCUAGCUAAACAAAUCUGUUCCUCUUGAUAAUAUGCAUAAUUUUGUAUGUAAGGCUUGACAUCACUUACUGCAUGACGUGUUUGGUAUUAACUAUGUUGUGUCUAAUUAUGAAAUCUGUAUUUUUUUUCCCCAGAGACAAAUGUUAGAGAAACAAAUAAAGAUCUUUAUAGAAAA